AGUGACCACCAAGCCGUCGUGUUGAGUGGUGAUACAGGUGCCAUUAUAAACUACCACAGCAGCAGCAGCAGCAGGAGCACCAGCACCACACUACCACAGCAGCAGCAGCAGCAGGAGCACCAGCACCAAACUACCACAGCAGGAGACUACGAGGAGGGAGGAUGCUGGAGCGGGUGAGGUACUCCGGGAUGGUGUUGCUGGCGACGCUGGCUCUCUCCUCCGCUCUCGUCUUCCCUUCUCCUCUACCUCAGGAGAAAGAGGCGUCCUACUGGUACGAGCUGAUGGAACGGGAGGUUCAGGAAGCUUUACAACGGCCCAAGAAUGAAGGGAAAGCCAAGAAUAUUAUAUUAUUUCUUGGUGAUGGCAUGGGAGUGACGGUGGCUACUGCUGGAAGAAUCUUGAAAGGACAGAAGGAAGGAGUGUCUGGUGAAGAAGGAUACCUCGUCUGGGAGAGGUUCCCUAAUAAUGCUCUACUGAAGACGUACAACCUGGACAAGCAGGUCCCGGACAGCGCCGCCACCGCCACCGCCUACCUCACGGGCGUCAAAGCCAACUAUGAGACCCUUGGAGUCUCAGGGAAGGUUAAGGUGAAGGACUGUGACGCUUCCCUCCUUCAGGAGAACAGACUGGACUCCAUCCUACAGUGGGCGCAGGAUGCCGGCAAGGAUACAGGUGUGGUGACGACGACUCAGGUGACUCACGCCACACCUGCCGGACUCUACGCCAAGACCGCCUACAGGGAUUGGUUGUGUGACACAAAAAUGAUUGCUGACAAUGCCACUCAUUGUAAGGAUAUUGCCCGUCAGCUGGUUGAGGACGAACCUGGCAGGAGCAUGAAGGUGAUCAUGGGCGGAGGUCGCCAGGAAAUGGGGGCACCGCUAAACCAGGGAAAGGUGAAGUGUCUCAGAAGUGACGGAAGGAACCUGAUUCAGGAGUGGGUGCAAGACAAGAAGAAGAGGGGGGCCACCAGUGCCUAUGUCACCUCUACACGACAACUCCGGAGCGUCCCUCUUAAGGAUACCGAUUAUCUCUUGGGACUUUUCGGGGAUAUCCACACCCCGUACGAGGUGGACCGUGAUGGUGGCCUGGAUGGCACCCCAAGCCUGAAGGAGAUGGUCCUGACGGCGAUCACAAUCCUGCAGAAGAGUCCCCAAGGGUUCUUCCUCCUGGUGGAGGGAGGAUUGCUUGACAUAGCCUUGCACUACUCCCAAGCCCGGAGAGGCCUGGAGGAGCUGGUGCAGCUGGAGGAAGCGGUGAAGGAGGCCCUGAAGGUAGUCAACCUGGAGGAAACGUUGUUGAUAGUUACAGGUGACCAUUCUCACGCCAUUACCAUGUCCGGAUACCCUCCCAGGGGUAAUGACAUCUUCGGUGUGGUGAGGAACAAGCACGUGACGGACGGUCUGCCCUACACCACCCUCAUGUUCGCUGUUGGUCAUGGGUACAACUACACCUGGGAUGGACACAAGGUGACGAGGCCCAACCUGACAGGAGUGGACACGGGACACAAGGACUACGUGGCUCAGGCCUCCGUGCCCACUGUAGUCGGGGAGGAGGCCCAUGGAGGGGAGGACGUGGCCGUGUAUGCUACAGGUGUGAUGAGCCACUUGUUCCACAGGACUCACGAACAGACUUUCGUGGCCCACGUCAUGGCCGUCGCCGGGUGUAUUGGGCCAUACAAAGACAACUGUGCUCGUCUUAAGAAGGCGGACCCAGACUAUGUUGAUGCCAACAUCAACACUAAGAAUCGCAAGAUCAGUGGAGGUUCCGCCACGCUCCUUCCUACCGUCCUCUCUACCUUCCUACUUCCACUCAUGUGGCUAACGACCCACUUAGAUCUUGGCUGUAUAUCGCUGUAGUUUCUUGAGAGGCUUAUACUCUUUCACAAGGCUGUUAACGGUCUGUCUCGUGGAAAGUUUGGUUUGUUAUUUUUGUGUUCUAGUUAUCUAAAUUACAUUUAGGGGUCAAAAUGUUGAGUGGACGAUGAGGACCUUACCUUACCUUGCGAUGUUUUCGGGACUCAACGUACCCGCGGCCCGGUCCACGACCAGGCUAAGAAGCAAGACACGCAUGGGGGAGGGGGUCCAGCCCCAUCUUCUCCAGUGGUCAUAACGGAUAGAAAAUUAUGUGCUAAAUUGUAUAGACCUAACUUGACCUAACCCACGACACACACACACACACACACACACACACACACACACACACACACACACACACACACACACACACACACACACACACACACAUGGAAAAUGUGAACUUUGUCGACAAUGAUUUAUAGUACAUCAUAUUUGGUCUGUUGUGGAUUUUGAAGUCAAAAUGGGAUAUAUUUUUCGAGAGGACAACUUGAAGGCUCUAUAAGAAAUUGUCUCCGGCGCGAGAGACGAAGACCAUCGUUAUGACAUCCUUGGCCAUGCCUUCCGCUUCAUUGAUCACGUCCGUGGCCUGAAAAGGCUGUAGGGUCCGUGGUCUGAAGAUCCCUCCAUCAUUUCCGGGUACUGGGCAGCAAGGGCGCAUCCCAUUCCUGAGUGGUCGUCGCCCCUCAACAACAACAACAACAACAGCAGCAUACACAGUACACAGGAUACUUACACUUGUCCAACACAUGUGCCCCACCAAACAGCCUACACAGUCACAGAACAUAACCUCCCCUACUCUACCUUUAACAGUAGGAGUGCCACAGGGCAGCAUCUUGCGCCCUCUCCUGUUUCUUAUCUACAUCAAUGAUUUCGCAAGUGUUUCUACAAUUCUUAAACCUGUAUUAUUUGCUGACGAUAAAACCUUCAUCUACUCUGACCCCCAACCCCCCACACACUAAAUAAUAUUGUCAAUAAUGAAUUAAAAAGUCCACUCAUGGAUGUCAACCAACAAACUCACACUAAACAUGACUUACUACAUUUUAUUUGAUAGUAAAUCAUCAAAUCAAAUUCAACUUCAGAUAUACAGUGUUAACAUUACCAGUAAAAUAUGAGGGGAAGUUUCUUGGCCUAUACAUAGACAAGAGACUGAACUUCAGCACCCAUAUUCAACACAGCUAAAAAAAAAGUCUCAAAAAUUGACUCAGUCUUUGGAACUUACUCCUGAUGAAUUAAAAAAUUAUCCAGUCAAUAAUUAAAAAGUAAAAUAAAAAAGUACCUAAUUUCAUCCUUAUAAUUUCGUACCUUUUACUUCAAACUGCCACUAUCUCUUGUACUACCCACUUCCCCAAUAUUAGUACUUAAGACAUAUAUCUUUACCAGUGUAAUCACCUCUGUCAAUUUUUAUUGUAGUUAUUUGUUGAUAUAAAACCUUGGUAUAAUGUACCUUUUCAUCUUAGGUGAUAUGUUAGAUUGGCUUUGCAAGAAUGUAAAAAUACCAAUCUUAAGUAAUCUCAUCAACCCCAUUGUAUCUUCUUGUGAAUAAAUUAUUAUUAUUAUUAGCA